UUUUCUUGUUUUUUUUUCUUUUUUUUUUUUUUUUUUUUCUUCUUUCUAUAACUGUUCAUAAGUUCAUAAGUUCGAUAAGGAAAAGAGAGAUCGUCAAGAGGAAAAACAGAUCGAAAUAUUUGUCGCGAUAUUUCUUCAUUUCGUUCUUUUCCUCCGUCUAGAAACUUUCUAUCUUUCUCAAUUGAUCUCUUUCUCUCUUUUCGUUGGUGCAGUGCCACAUAAUCUAUUUUCGAUCUUCUUCGUCGCAAGUGAUAACAUUGUGCGGGGGAGUGGAUGGAGUGUCUAAGUGAAACCACGUAUCACGGAUCGUAGAAUGGCACUGUCUUAUCUACAGGAGGCACAGGUUAAUGCAGGUAGGUUCCUAAGACUCGACAAAAUCAACUCUAUCCUUCCAUCUCUUUUUCUCCGGAUAUCACGCGUUACGAUCGAAUUGCGUGGAAUUGUACGACUAUAAACAAAAGGUCGUUACGUACAUACGUGCUAAACAUGAUAAGCACGUAGUAAAUUUCUUGGAAAAAUAAAAUGACAACGACGAAUAUACAGGGAAUAGGAUUUCGUGCUGUGUAUGAAAAAGAAAAAAGAAAAAAAAAAGAAAAUAAUAAAAUAAAAUAAAAUAAAAUAAAAUAAAAUAAAAUAAAAUAAAGAGUUUCGCUUGAUGUAAAAAUGGAGAUACAUCGUUACGAUUUGAGUAAACAUUGGGGAGAAAAAAAAUAAAAGAAGCAAAGAGAGGUCAAAAUUAUACACAUUUAGAUACGUAUAUAUAUAUACAUAUAUAUAUAUGUAUAUAUAUAUAUAUAUAUGUACACACAUGCUUGUAAACAAAGCACGAAGAAGACAAAAGAUGGUUGGCACGCAUUUCGAGCUUCGUCGUAGUAAGAGAUCCCGAGAAUCGAUUAUUUUUGUCUUACCGAAGUCGUUAAAGAAACAAAAGUUAUCCGCAGCCAAGGCACAUUUUGAUAAGAUUUUCGGACGCGUUGAAGGGUACUCAAUGUGACUCUUUUGUUUAUUUUCCUCGAAAGCAAAUCCUACUACGGACAUAUAUUCAUUUCAAUCUUCUUCAAUGGUUAUAUUGUCGCAUUGUAUCGUUGUCGAGUAUGCACACGAAAUAGGAUAAGGAAGUAUUCGGCCUGGGGGAGGGAGGAGGAGGAGGAAAAGGAGGUGGAUAAGGAAAGAGGGAAGAGAGGAAGAUUUCCGAGUUUCUAACGACCCCACCGGUCGUGGCACUGGCAAGGCGCCAAAGUCUAAAAGCGCUCGCGGCGACACGACGGUGUUAUGACACAUUGUAAACAUCGAUAAGCCAGCGUGAAGUGAAAUUACUUGACGGAGGGCAAACGAGAAAUAAAUGGGAGAGAAACGUGAAACGAGUUUCGCGCUCGUAACGUAUGUAUUUCCAAAAAUAAUCCUUGUAAUUGUCAAGGAGAUUGCGCGCGAGUCGCAAUUUCCAUCCAAAAAUCUUUCUCGUCCGUCGUACGUGCGUUCGUUCGUUCGUUCAUUCGUUCUUUUCUAUUCUCUGCAUAUGUAGAAGAUACACUUCUCUCGUAACAUUUCUAAACGCGUUUUUAACGACUUCGUACGAUAUCUCAAUCGUAUUAUUUUCUUUUAUCUAAAAGGAAAAGUAACGAGCCUGGGAUUUCUAUUGUGAAAGAAAAGAGAGAGAGAGAAAGAGAGAAAAAGAGAAAAGUAAAAAAGAAGAAGAGGUGUAAUACUUUGAAGAAGCUUGAAAAAAAAAAAUUCAAAGUGGAAAUAUCAUCGGAGUUGUGACCAAUUAGGGAAGGGAUGCAGGCGGGGGCGGUACUCGUCGUCGUGUUGCCGGGAAACGGCGAUUGUAGGCCAUCAUUCGAUCUUUGAUCUUAGGACUUCUGGCUGGAGAACAUCUCGACAUGAAGCAAGAAUCGGAGAAGCAACCUCUCUCACCGCCUUUGCACAAUAACAAUAACAACAAUAACACUUCAUCGACGAUGUUCUCUGGAAUGGGUGCUGCAGCAGCAGGAUUGUCGAUGUUGACUCCUCAACAAUUAUUGGCCGCCAGCCGAACGGCAGCUCUAAUGGCAGCCGGCAUUCCUGUUUCACUACAUGCUACUUUAGCGGCGAGUCCAUCUCUUUAUCAACAUCAUCAGACACUCUUUGGAGGGUGGGCGCCACCCGCAGCUUCUUCACCCCCUUCGCCACUUCAUCACUCGCCUGGUUCAGUUUCGUCAGCUCUUGCCACGACAAAAUCCUCUUCCCGCCGCCUUAGUUCCGGUAAUACGAAUAAUAAUAAUAAUAAUAAUAAUAACAACGUCGUGAGCAGUAGCGCGGAUAGAAUCAGUAAUAAAAAGAGCCAAGCGACGAAGAGAAAGUCAACGAAGGUGGCAAAGACGGAGAGCAACGUUCAAAAUUCAUUGGAGAGCGUGGCGCCACUUAGCCCACCUACGUCAAUCAGUCCGGAGGCGGGAAAAGAUGGCAGGGACAAGGUCUUCACCUGUGGCGUGUGUUCGAGAUCUUUUGGUUACAAACACGUGUUACAAAAUCACGAACGCACACACACGGGUGAGAAGCCGUUUGAGUGUCCGGAAUGUCAUAAAAGAUUUACUCGAGAUCACCACCUGAAGACGCACAUGAGAUUGCAUACCGGUGAGAAACCAUAUCACUGCAGCCAUUGCGAUCGACAGUUCGUCCAAGUAGCCAAUCUCCGUCGUCAUUUGCGUGUACAUACGGGUGAACGUCCGUACGCUUGCGAACUCUGUUCGGCCAAAUUCAGCGAUUCAAAUCAACUCAAGGCACAUUCUUUGAUUCAUAAAGGCGAAAAACCAUUUGAGUGUGAACAUUGUCAGAUGCGUUUUCGAAGAAGGCAUCAUUUAAUGCAUCACAAGUGCGGUACUAGCAGUGUGAUGCUUGGAGGACAGGGGUCGAGGUCACGAGUAGCAUCACCGUCCGUAGCUAGCGAUGAUCUCGAAGACGAUAUCGAUAUCGAUAUAGACGUAGAUAUCGACAUGGAUGAAGUAGAAUCAACGACAACGGUGACUACGACUACGAUGGCUACAACGACGAAUACAGCCACGACGACGACUAUGACAACAACAACGACGACUAUAACGACGUUGCCCCAAAGAAAGAGUUUGACCACGCCCAUUGCUAAGAGGUCGACUCAUCGACAACGUCAACAGCAGCUACAGAGUUCGGUAAUCGAUCCGGCUGUUUCAUUACCGAUCAAUCUGUCCGGUAUACCGAUCGACUUACCGGAACAAACCGAACCGGAAGACCUUUCAAUGUCUACAGGGAUGCAAAGAGUAAUCUGCAUGUCUUGAAAUAGCGAAAAAUUGAAUUGAAUUGAAUCAAGUGAUAAAUUUAAAAUUGAAUAUGUGGAAAACAAUAUUCAAUUUUUUUUGCCAGAGAGCACAAAUUUAGGCAUUUCAAGUGUAUAUAGUAUGUCGUUAUAAUGCAUUCGCGUUCAUGUUCCAAAUAUUUCUUUUAUGUAUAUACGAGUAGAUAUCGCGUAAUCCUAAAUGAACAUGAUCUCAUAUGAAUGUGAUUUUUAACGGACUUCAUACUUGUACGAUACCCCAGGUUUCUUCUUCUUAGCUACUUCGUUCAAUUAUUUGAUUGAAUCAUUGAAAAAAAGUGCUGAUCCUCUUUCUCUCUCUCUCUCUCUCUCUCUCUCACUCUUUCUCUUUCUCUUUCUUUCUCUCAUACAUACACUCUCUCUCUCUCUCUCUCUUUCAAUCGAAAGAGCAUGUAAGAAUGUUGUAUAGUUACGAAGCGUGUUCACAAGAAACAAAUUCGUUAAGUCGCCUUCUUUCACGGCGUUAUGAUACACGUUUCUCCUUCAUACCGAUAGAAGAAAAAAGCAAGAGGUAUAUACACAUAAGCUGUCGUUUAUAAAUUCAUUUCUAUAUGAAAUCUUGUCGUCGAGGGUCCCAGAGUAUUUUCUAUAUAUACUAUGUGUAUAUAUUAUAUAUAUAUAUAUAUAUAUAUAUAUAUAUAUAUAAUAUAUAUAAGUGUGUAUGUAUGUGUGUGUAAACGUACAUAUAUAUGUAUAUGUAUACUAUAUAUAUCUACAAUGAACUCCGUGAAACUCAGGGUUGUAUUUUACCUUUUGUCAGGUUACGAGGUCGAAACUCGCCGAUCUCCGUCGCUAUUCUACAUAUUCUUCUCUUUUUAUUCAGACGGUGAAAAAGACGUAUUCUCUUCUUUUUUCUUUUUCUCUCUUUUUUUUUCCUCUUUUUUUUUCUUCUUCUUCUUCUUUUCUUUUUUUAGUUUAUCACACUGUCCUAUAAAAGGGGAUAAAAAUAUAAGAUAGAGAGUUAAAAGAACUAUUUUCCCCUCGAGUAAGUAUAUAGAGACUAUUUUUGCGGAAUCGUCAGGUUUCCCGUUGAGGCCGAUCUCACGAGAUGGGUCGAAACACGUGUAGCGGUACACGAGGGAUAGAAGAAAAUGAACGAAGAAACGACUCUCUAAACGUCCAACGUGAAUAACGAGAGAAAACUGUGAACGACCUCAGGCCUUCGUAAAAUCUACACUUUUAGGAGAAAGUGUAACAGCCGAGGGAUGAAAUGGAGUACAAAAGGAUGCGCCUUUUUCGAAAGUAGGUGACUAAGAAUUUGCUCUCGAUCUUUUAAAAUGAAAGAAAGAUAUAUAUUUCAAUAUCUUUAGUUUCACAAACAUUUCGUUUUUAGUAUAUUCAUUUUUAAUAUUUUAUUAAUUACUUUUUCUCCAAUGGCAUAUAUAAAAUAAUUAUGUAAAAAGGGGAAAAGUAUUGAUUUAAAAAUGAAUAUCGAUAUGAUCGAGAUAUCGGUUAGAUAUUAUCGUCAAAUUUUUCUGCCUGUUUCAAAAUAUUCGUGUAUUAUCGAUCCUCUUGAUAGUUCCCGCAUCCUUACGAAACAACUAAUCCGUCUUUGAAUGCCGCGGCACGAGUCGGAGGGUGGUUAGAGGAGGGUUGAACGAAAAAGAAAGAGAAAGAAAUAGGGAGAGAACAACGACAAAGUCGUAAAGGAGAAGAACAGAAAUCUCGAUCGUAUUCGAUGGUGCGCGAGGGUGAUGUCUUUACGAAAUAAAAAAAAAAAGAGAAAGAAGAAAAGAAAGAGAGAGAAAGAGAGAGAAAGAGAGAAAGAGAGAGACAUCGUUUCGAUUCAUAUUGUGCGACGAAGCGAAUCGUAACCAGAACACACAAUAUUUCUUCUUUUUCGUCAUCGGUAAGAAAAGAGA